AUGAGUGAGAGUGCCUGGAAUAGCUCCAUAGUCCCUGUACGUAAGCCAGGUGGAAGUCUGCAGAUGUGUGUAGAUUAUAGAAGGGUGAAUGAAGUGACUGUGAAGGAGCGAUUCCUGAUGAAUGUGGUGUCUGAUUGUGUGCACAAGAUGCAAUGGAAGAGAGUAUUUACCAAAUUAGACCUGGUAAGGGGCUAUUACCAGAUGCCUCUUGAGGAGGGGAGCAGGCCUGUUACAGCUUUUUCAAGUGGUAAUUGUCAUUGCCAGUUUAAAAGUAUGAGUUUUGGGUUGGCUAACGCGCCUGUUGCCUUCCAAAGAGCAGUGAAUGUAGUUUUGGCUGGGCUUGAUAGAAGAAAGGUGACUGUUCUUAUUGAUGAUAUUUUGAUUGUGAGUGAAACUGUUGAAGAGAAUAUCAAAUUGCUUGAGAAGGUGCUAGAGCACUUGGAAGAGGUUGGAGUGAAAGUGAAGUUUGAGAAAUGGAAGCCAUUGACUGAAUGGACAGGGAAGAAUAAUUGUACUCAGCUGAGGUGGGAUGAGCGAAUGGUGGGAGCAUGUGAGAGAUUGAAAGAGAAGGCUGCUAGAUGUGUCACCUUGGCUUUUCCAGACUAUAGUGAAGAUGUGGGUGAGCUUGAGCUGUAUGCUGAUGUGAGACGAACCAAGAUCAAGAAGGAAAGUGUGAAUGCUAGGAUCACGAGGAUGAUUGGAGAUUUGAGUGAGUUUGAUUUUAGAUUAGAAUGUGUGCCAGGGAGUAAAAAUGUGAUUUCUAGGAUGCAGACGUGGAGAGUUAAAGGUCUGGUUGAAGUGGUAACUAGUGGUGCGAAUGAGUUGCGAGUGAAGUUGAUGAGUGAUGUGCAGAAGGAAGUGGUGUAUACUGAGGAACAAGGUGGGGAAGAGGAAAUGUUGCAUAAGUUGUUGUUAGCAGUAGCUGAGUUGUUUGGAAUAGAAGUGUUUUUGUAUUUUGGAUGGGAUAGACCAGUUGAAUAUCGAGGGAGGCAAACUUUGGGGGGUAUGAUAGAUAUUGCUAGAAGUGAGAAUGAUUUAUUGAGUGAGGAAGAGAUUGAGGAAAUGCAAGAGAAGUACUUGGAGAUUGUGAUCGAUUGCGUUUCGUUGCCAAAGGCUGUGAGAGGACAUGUGGGAAUGAUUGUGAUGGUGGAUCACAUGAGUAAAUUGGCCUAUGUGGUCCCCAUCAAAGAUAAGAGGUUUGGAACUGUUGUGAAAAUGAUGGGGCAAGUGGUAAUGCCAAUGUAUGUGUGUAAGCCUGUGAAAAUGUUGAGCGAUAAUGGACCUUAG